AAGUGCAAAGAGGAGGCAGGGGGAAAAAAAGCCGCUGGAGCGGGGGAGUGAUGGCGGUGAGCAAGGAGAAGGGACAACUUUGGUAGUGUAAAACUGACACGCUUGACGAGUUUUAGAGGGCUAGCACGAUGGAACAACAAAGAGGAGACUUUGCUGCUUGUGUUUAGUUGAUACAACCGUGCUCCAGAAAAUCUCCGCCGGACCCAUGACAUCAGUUGCGUAAAGUUGUCGAGGGACAAUUGCUCACCGUCAAACACUGUAACUCUCUCCAGAGCUGGAUUUUAAGCGUUGUGCUGCAGCCGUAAACAAACAGAAUGAUCAAAGCGGAGAGCAAAGCAGGCGAGAGGAGCCUGAGGAGCGCGUCCCCUCACAGAAAUGCAUACAAGUCUGACUUCCACGCCAUUAAGUGCUCCUUUGAUGGGACAAAGUCCGAGAAUGCGUCUAAUACCUUUGCAAAUGGAUCCAGUGACAACCGGGAGGACUCAAGGGGGAGGCCUUUUGGGACCAGAGUGAAUAAGAUAAAGAAUAUAUUCCUACAGAUGGAUGGUCAGCAACAGGAGAGCCAAGAUGGGAAAGUGAAUUUAAAGUCUGAUGUGACCCAGGUGUCUCCACCAAAGGUGCAGUUUCCGGUCAGCACUCAAAGACUUAACUUGAACAGUGCAGCAAGCCCAGAAUCGCACAUUUUGGAUAAAACGCCCAAGGGAGAAGAUGCUGAGAUUGACAAAGUGGCCUUGGCAGAGAAGUUUUCUGUGACCAGAAAACUCUUUGAAAGGGGCAUUAAAGAGCAGCCUGCCGUGGAAAAACAAUCUCCAAACAGAGUAGUAAAUCGUUUGUCACUUGGAAGUGCCUCUGAUGAAGGGAAAAGCACGAGGAGAGUAUCAGGAUCAGAGACCACUAACAAAUCGGAGCAAACUCCUUCACCUGCAGUUAAAAGUCGGCCAGAUGAGAAGGCUGAUAUUGAGAAACGGCCUCGGGCGUCACUAAAUGCGGGGCCCUUGUCAAAGAGGUUGGAGAAUUAUAUAGUUGAGAAUGACUCAGAAGACAUUAGCACCACAUCUGCUAAACAACACAGUACCACUGCACACAUACUGCCUACCUCUCCAACAGGGGACACCUUACAUAAACCUACAUCUCCUGUUAAAGACACCGUAGACUCUUUCUCUGAUGCCACUAACAAAAAGAGAGACAACAAACCAGCACCUUUAGGGACAAAUAUUGGGCCAAAACCAACAUUUCCAGCUACCAGUUCAGCAUCCAAAUCAGUUUCUUUUACAACUGAUGCCACCCACAAACCUCUCUCACCAGAGCAAACAAGCCCAGUUAGCCAUGGUCACAAGUGCUUGACAUCAUCUGGUGAUGGAUUUAGUAGGACAUCUGUUGACUCAGAGAAGGGCAAACCACAAAGUCCACCCCCAAGGGACGUGAAACAGCCUCUUCCAUCAGCUGGUGGCUUACAGAAUGACAACAGGGGCAAAUACCCUGAAAAAGCCAAGACUAAUGACCGUGUAGCACGCAGUCCUGUUGGGGACAAGAUUCCCAGUCAAAACUCCUCUCCAGAAUCCAAAGGGGUGGGCAUGGUACGUGCUGAACUGGUAGUGGUUCAGCAUGAGUCCUCGGAAAGUGAGGAGAAUGAAGAUGAGAAUAAUGACGAUGUGUUUGAGGCUCAGAAGGUUCAGCAACCCAAAGAUCAGCAGUCAGACCUGAAAAGAACCCAUGCUCCAGAAAAACUGAACUGUACCUCUGCACACCAGGUCUUAUUAAGAGAUGACAUGAAAGAGGCACAGUGGACUGCAGAGGAUGUAGGCGAAGGUACACUCUUAGAGGAUAAUGGGGAAUUUGGGCUGAAAGAGAGAAUGGAAGACAAUGUAGUUGUGAGUCGGGAUGGUGAAGACACACGUGAUGUAGAUGAUGAAGCAGCAGCAGAAGAAGAGGGUGAGCUGGAGGAGCAGGUGGGCCAGGGCAUACAGGAUAGAGCUUCUCCAGUAGUGUAUGGUAUAGAAAAUGCAGCGUUUGUGGAUGACAGGGAAGUGGACCAGGUCCUCAGGGAAGAGGAGGAGGAAGAUGAGGAGGAUCAGAUGUAUGGGGAAUACGAUGACUGUUAUGAGGUCCUUGGUUUGUCAGAUGAGGAAGAGCCUCCCUUAAAAAGGAAAAUCAAGUUUUCUACAGAUCCCAUUCUGGUUUUCAGUACCUUCUCUAAUGAGGAAUAUGAUCGGCGUAACGAUGAUGUUGACCCAGUUGCAGCAUCUGCAGAGUAUGAGUUGGAGAAGAGGGUGGAGAAGAUGGAUGUGUUUCCUGUGGAGAUUGAGAAAGGAGACAAUGGGCUUGGUAUCAGCAUAAUAGGAAUGGGAGUGGGAGCUGACCAGGGUCUGGAAAAGCUUGGGAUUUUUGUGAAAACCAUAACUGAGAAUGGAGCAGCUGAGAAAGAUGGACGCAUACAGGUCAAUGACCAGAUAGUGGAGGUGGAUGGUAUCAGUCUGGUGGGAGUCACUCAACUGUUUGCUGCCACAGUGCUAAAGAACACCAAAGGCACAGUCAGGUUUCUGAUUGGUCGGGAGAAGCCGGGAACACAAAGCGAGGUAGCCCGCCUCAUAAGUGAGACACUAGAACAGGAGAAGAACCAGCAGCAGCAGCAGGAAAGCCUGGAUGACCCGUAUGAACAUUCAACAGAAGAGGAGGACCGGUAUGAAGACGACGAUGGAAUGGAUGAAAGGAUUCUGGGAUCCAAUUUCUCUCCUGGGCGAAAUGUAGAGGUGUUUGAACUCCCCGAUUCGGAGUCCCUGUUUAUGCCGGCCAACAUGAACAGCUCUCAGAUGGCCUUCAAGUUCAAAGAGCUCCAGCUCAAACACAGCAUUGCCACAGCUGAAAUAAACCAGUUAAAGGAAAAGCUAGCGGCAGCAGAGGAGGAUAAAUCGGUGUGGGAAGCCAGGGAGUCUGAACUGGAGCAAAAGAUUGAGGAGAAUAAUGACAAGAUCCUCAAGCUGGAGAAUUACUGGCUGGAAGCCCAGGCUCUGUGUAAGACUGUGAAUGAACAAUUAGCUGAGACUCAGACCCAGUAUGAGACCCUGGACAAGAAGUACAACAAAGCCAAGAAACUGCUUAAGGAUUACCAGCAAAAAGAGAUCGAUUUUGUGAAGAGAGAGGAGGAACUGAAAAAAAGUCUAGAUGAAAAAGACAAGUGGUACAAGGGGCAGCUGGAGAGCUUGCAGAACAGAAUAGCUGUCCUGGAGUCCAGAGGAGCAUCAGCUGUGGAGAGUCAGAUUGUUCAGGAUUCUGCUACAGAGGAUAGACUGAGCAGCCAGCACUCGGUCACACACACACAGUCUGUUGACUCAAAUCUAGAAAAAGACUGGAGUGAGCUGCUUCCUGAAACGGAGCGCCUAAACACCAGUGCACACAGAGAAAAAGCCCUGUUGGCUCAGAAGUCCAAACGUCAGCCUCCGUCUCGGAGCAAACUGAAGGAGAGUCUUGCUGUGGCUUCGUCAUAUUCACAGGAAAGUGACGGCGAGGACGAGCAGGAGGAGCUACAAUCUCCCUGCAGGAGGAGGUCCAUCCAGGAGAGUCUGUCCCUCCCAGUGCCGGUCUUCUAUCCUGGGAAUGGACAGAAAGAUGAUCCAGGCGAGACUAGAGAUGGUUCCAGGAGUAAAGGGGAGCAUUCCAAUAGCCCAUCUCUGUCCCCGUCACAGGGAGAGAGUGUUGAAAGCAUUGGAAGUUCCUCUUUGUCGCCUCCAAAACACAACUCGUCACCACAGUCUCCUUCUGGUAUCACACGAAAUGCGAAGAAGAGGGAGUCCAAAGGCAAGAUCAAAGAUUCCAAAGAGGAGUUUAAUGAGCCUUCAAGUGGAGGAAAGUCUAAAAGAAGAUUUCCAGACUUUGGGGGUCUCAGGAAGUCGGGCGGAAAAGGAAAAAAACAUGAGAAAGACGCAAUGAGGGCAUCUUUGGACAGCAGGGGGUCAGCAGAGUUACUAGAGGAAUCUGGAGGGAACCUGUCCCCUGCAGAAUCAAUGACCUCCAUCCCCACCUGUAUGCCUUUCUCCUGGUUUGGAGACAAAGACAGGGACCGAGACAGAGAGCCCUCUUCCUCCAGCAACAGCCUGGCAUAUGCUGCCAAUGAAACUGGCAGCGAGCAAAGUCAAGAUCGCAAGAAUAAGACAAAUCUCUCCUGGUCCUCUUUAUUCAGUCGCUCAUUAGAUUUGAGUUUUUCAGUCAUAGAUGAUUCUAACCCUGCCAGUCCCAGUUCAGACAUCUCUGGGUUAGUUGCUGAACCCAAUCUGUCUGGGCGCUCACACACUUUAAUCUUCUCUUCCAGCGAGACUUUGGAUGAUGAACCAGCAGCCACAGGAAAAGAGUAUCAGUGGCAGAACCGGCCAGUGUCUGAUUGGACCAAUCAACAGGUCUGUCACUGGUUGAUGGGCAUGAAUAUGGACCAGUACACACCCGAAUUCACCGCUAAGGGAGUGGACGGCCAGCAGCUCUUAAACUUGGACAGCGACAAAUUAAAGGCACUUGGAGUGAUGAGUCAGAGUGAUCGCUCAACCAUCAAGAAAAAGCUGAAGGACAUGCGGAAGGCCCAAGAGAAGCUGGAGAAGCAGCGGGAGAAACGAGAGAAGGAGGUUCGACGCAGUGCAAAACUGCCCCUGUCCAGUGACUCCGUCUGCUGAGGCGUCACUUCGGCGAUUAUGCAUUGCAUAAAGUUCAUCACCAUGCACAAUCCUGAGAGACAUGUUUUGUUUUGUUUUUUUUAAAUAACGUCACAUUGUCCAUGCCGGCAGCCACAGAACAUAUCCGUGCCAGGAGCAGCCCUGUGCUGUGAUUUAUGUUUAUACUGUUUGUUUUCUCCAAAAUCAUCAAAAUCAAAUUUUAACUCAAAGAUGGCAAACGUCAAAACGUUUUCCAAAAAAGAGAUCCUAGCGUCUUUACCACUAAAAAGUCAGAAGUGAUAAUUAUUAAAGUCUGUAUUGAGACAUAAUGUAGUUCCUGCAGAUCAUGCACACAUUUACCUAUCGAGUCAAAUGUAUACUGAUUUUUUUCUUUUUUUGUUAAAGCAUUUUAUAUUUUUUCUAAAAUGAUAUGCCCGUUUCAGUGUUGAACGGUUAAUGUACAGGUGGAUAAAAGCACUAUAUUUGUCUUUUAAGCUUCAAGGGGCUACAAGGUUUUAAAUGUAUAAAUGAGUUUUAUACAUGUGCCUAUUAACUGCAUAUCUUUUUUUUAAUUUUUACUUAAAUAUCAUUGUUCAUUUUAUAUUAUCAAAAAUUUUCUACUAAGUAGAAUAGCUAGGCCAUCAUUUUUGCUGAAUGGAAAAGCAAAAAGAAAUCAAGCUGGGACAAGGUGAAUGCUGCUCUGCUGUCCCCAAGUCUGUGUCGUUAGUGAUGCUCCAUGUAAAUACAAACAGCGUGCAGGUCUGCUACGCGUACACCUCACUGGUCCAUUAAACAGCCUGUGACAACGACUUGUGGGAUGCGGGAUUUGAGGUCUAAACAGUAAAGAAUUCACCGCGAAACCGAAGUGCUUCCUUUCCUCUCGAGCAUGACUCCAUGUUGCGUAUCGAUUGAGACAUAUUGGACUGCAACCGCGAAAUCAGAGAAAUGCUUCUUGGUGUAUGCAGCGUCAAUAAACUAAUUUUCACUUUA